UGGGAGGGGCUAGAGGUAAAUGAGCGACGGAGUAUUGCGACCUAUAAGAAGAGGGAGUAAGGGCGGGGCUGUGUUUAACUGUGACUGGAAGCUUCGGCCUAUGAGCAGUGAGUAGGCGGGGCUGCUCCUGGUUGCCGAGUUACCGUGGUCCCAUGCGUUAUGCUGACGAUCCCACGAAAAUUCUGUCCCGCCCACUUCCGGUACACAUUCCUCCGUCCAGGCCAGGGUGACGGUGUGUGCUGCUGCUUCCGCCUCAUCCUCCAGGGUUACACAGUAGUGAAGAAGACAUCCGGUGAGUGUGACACACCGAGCAGCCAUCCCCGUGUGUCAGGAAGACUGCGCAGGACCCAGAGCCCCAACACGGUGCCUCCACCUCACUCACUGACACAUGAGACACAUUGACCAGAAGAUCCUGGAACUCCCUAAAAAGAUCAUUCAGCUGCUGACUGGAGAGGAGGGGGAGUAUAUAGAGGAACACAGGGGUCUGUACAAGGACGUGAUGAUGGAGAAUCACCGGCCCCUCACAUCACUGGAUGGGCCCAGUAACAGAGAUACCCCAGAGAGAUGUCCCCGUCCUCUGUAUUACCAGGAUUGUACAGAGGAGAAUCACAGGACCCCACAGGAGGAUCAGGUAGAACGUCUGUCUAAUAUUAAAACAGAAGAUAUAGAAGGAGAAGAAGAGAUGUAUGUGACUGAUAUAAAGGCAGAAGAUACAGCGGGAGAAGAAGAGACGUAUGUGACUGAUAUGAAGGCAGAAGAUAUAGAGGGAGAAGAGACGUAUGUGACUGAUAUAAAGGCAGAAGAUACAGAGGGAGAAGAAGAGACGUAUGUGACUGAUAUAAAGGCAGAAGAUACAGAGGGAGAAGAAGAGACGUAUGUGACUGAUAUAAAGGCAGAAGAUAUAGAGGGAGAAGAAGAGACGUAUGUGACUGAUAUAAAGGCAGAAGAUAUAGAGGGAGAAGAAGAGACGUAUGUGACUGAUAUAAAGGCAGAAGAUAUAGAGGGAGAAGAAGAGACGUAUGUGACUGAUAUAAAGGCAGAAGAUAUGGAGGGAGAAGAAGAGACGUAUGUGACUGAUAUAAAGGAAGAAGAUACAGAGGGAGAAGAAGAGACGUAUGUGACUGAUAUAAAGGCAGAAGAUACAGAGGGAGAAGAAGAGACGUAUGUGACUGAUAUAAAGGCAGAAGAUAUAGAGGGAGAAGAAGAGACGUAUGUGACUGAUAUAAAGGCAGAAGAUAUAGAGGGAGAAGAAGAGACGUAUGUGACUGAUAUAAAGGCAGAAGAUAUAGAGGAAGUAGAAGAGACGUAUGUGAGGGGUGAUCAGCAGUGGAAAGAGGAGGAGAUCCCUACAGAUAUCAGCACAGCAGAUGGACACACAAGCAGGAAUAUCUCAGAAGGACAUCUAAUGUUAUCCCCGGAUUGUGACAUAAAAGAUAAUGACAGUAGACAGGAUUCUCCAGGAGAUAACCCCAUUACCCCAAUUAUACAUCCAGCUCUAUCAGCUGAUCCCUCUGAUCCUGGGAAAUGUUCUCCUGAUCACUCUGAUAUUGGUGCAUCUGUUACAGCUCUGACAGUAGAUACAGUGAUUCCCUGUUCUAUAGAUGCCAAAUGUUUUACACAGAACACAAAGCGUAUUAACCCACACACAGGUAAGGAAGGUGAGAGGCCACUGAUACGUUCAGAGUAUGGGAAAUCUUUUGCACAUAAAUCAGAUCUUGUUACACAUCAGAGAAGUCACACAGGUGAGAAGCCAUUUCCAUGUUCUGAGUGUGGGAAAUGUUUUGCACGGAAAUCGCAUCUUGUUAUACAUCAGAGAAGUCACACAGGUGAGAAGCCGUUUUCUUGCUCUGAGUGCGGGAAAUGUUUUUCCCAGAAAUCACCACUUGUUACACAUCAGCGAAGUCACACAGGUGAGAAGCCAUUUUCUUGCUCUGAGUGUGGAAAAUGUGUUAGAUGGAAAUCACAACUUCUUACUCAUUACAGAAGUCACACAGGUGAGAAUAUAUUUCCAUGUUCUGAGUGUGGGAAAUGUUUUUCCCAGAAAUCACAUCUUGUUCUACAUCAGAGAAGUCACACAGGUGAGAAGCCAUUUUCUUGCUCUGAGUGUGGGAAAUGUUUUUCCCAGAAAUCACAUCUUGUUCUACAUCAGAGAAGUCACACAGGUGAGAAGCCAUUUUCUUGCUCUGAGUGUGGGAAAUGUGUUAGAUGGAAAUCACAACUUGUUACUCAUUACAGAAGUCACACAGGUGAGAGGCCACUGAUAUGUUCUGAGUGUGGGAAAUGUUUUAAAUACAAAUCAGAUCUUGUUGUACAUCAGAGGAGUCACACAGGUGAGAAGUCAUAUUCCUGUUCUGAGUGUAGGAAAUGUUUUCCACGGAAAUCAGAACUUGUUAAACAUCAGAGAAGUCACACAGGUGAGAAGCCAUAUUCCUGUUCUGAGUGUGGGAAAUGUUUUGCAUGGAAAUCAAAUCUUGUUACACAUCAGAGAAGUCACACAGAUGAGAAGCCGUACUUCUGUUCUGAGUGUGGGAAAUGUUUUGCAUCGAAAUCAAAUCUUGUUACACAUCAGAGGAAUCACACAGGUGAGAAGCCAUAUUCCUGUUCUCAGUGUGGGAAAUGUUUUGCAUCGAAAUCAUAUCUUGUUACACAUCAGAAAAGUCACAGAGGUGAGAAGCCAUAUUCCUGUUCUGAGUGUGGGAAAUGUUUUGCAUCGAAAUCAUAUCUUGUUACACAUCAGAAGAGUCACACAGGUGAGGAGCCAUAUUCCUGUUUUGAGUGUGGGAAAUGUUUUGCAUAUAAAUCAAAACUUGUUACACAUCAGAAAAGUCACACAGGUGAGAAGCCAUAUUCCUGUGCUGAGUGUGGGAAAUGUUUUGCAUUGAAAUCAGGUCUUGUUAUACAUCAGAAAAGUCACACAGGUGAGAAGCCAUAUACCUGUGCUGAGUGUGGGAAAUGUUUUCCACGUAAAUCAGAUCUUGUUACACAUCAGAGAAGUCACACAGGUGAGAAGCCAUAUUCCUGUUCUGAGUGUGGGAAAUGUUUUGCAUGUAAAUCAAAUCUUGUUACACAUCAGAGAAGUCACACAGAUGAGAAGCCGUACUUCUGUUCUGAGUGUGGGAAAUGUUUUGCAUUGAAAUCAAAUCUUGUUACACAUCAGAGAAGUCACACAGAUGAGAAGCCGUAUUCCUGUUCUCAGUGUGGGAAAUGUUUUGCAUCGAAAUCAUAUCUUGUUACACAUCAGAAAAGUCACACAGGUGAGAAGCCAUAUUCCUGUUCUGAGUGUGGGAAAUGUUUUGCAUCGAAAUCAUAUCUUGUUACACAUCAGAGAAGUCACACAGGUGAGAAUCCGUACUCCUGUUCUGAGUGUGGGAAAUGUUUUGCAUGGAAAUCAGUUCUUGUUAAACAUCAGCGAUUUCACAGGUGA